AUGGUCUGCUCGAUAAUUCGUCUCAACUCUCUUUCGACAAUAUGGUAUACUAUUUUGAUGCUCUUACUUCAAUCCUACCUGCUCUACCUGGCCAUUCAUCGGUAUCGCUUGUACACGGAGAUCAAAUGGCCCAACAAUGAAUACCCUCGGGCGUGGCUGACUGUCUACAUCUCUCUGUGUGGUGCGUGCAUCCCGUUGAUGGUGCUGAUGGGACUUUUCGGGAUUUUUAAGACUGGAAAUUUGGCUGGCGACAAUAAAAAGUUGAGGUGGACCGAGAAGGAUGACAAAAGGAAGCGGGAAAAGGGUAGGAGAAGUCGUUUUUGAUGACUAAAAUAAUAAAAAUUGAAGAAACUUUUGAUUUUCACAGAGUGAUAUUAUAGAGUACAUCAAGUACAACUCUCUGAUUCACUUCAAAUUUUGUAGAAUUUUUGCCUUUUUAGGGCGAAAAGCUAGUUACUUUGGAGAAAAAUUUUUGAGCGAAAAGAGCCUUGUUGAAGAAGAUGUGCUGUACGUGGCAAACUCGUAGUUUACACUGACUUUUUCUAAAAAAAAUUAUGCUUUUUUAACAGUAUUUUGGGGCGAAAUUUCAUCAAAUUUUUUCGCAGCCAAAAGUUGUAAAAUACAGACGUUGUAAAUGUGUUUCCUGGUCUAUUUAUUUAUUACAUAUCUUAUUGAUCAAAACUCCAGGUUGCUUCCUGUUCUCGGCGAUCCGUUCCUCCUGGAUUCACGCCCCUCCCCUCCCUCAAACUCUCCAUGUCCUCACAGCGAUCGUCCAAUUGGUCGCCCAACAAAUAAUGCUGGCUCAAUUGUAUCGAUUCGGCUUUAUAAAUUCCGGGGAUUUACUGAAUACUGAACUCGAUUUUCUGUAUCAAAGAUCAAGGCAAUUGGCGACCAAUCUUCCCAUGGGAGACACGAGAUUACAAGGGUUCAGGAUCACGAGCGAUGAAUUGACUGGCUCUCCAUUGGCUCCGAGGUUGUUACCAAGUAAGUUUUUGGGUUGUUUGAAGGUUACUGGAUUUAAAAAAAUUUGAAUAUUCAAAAUCCUCAUCGAUAAGACCUCGAUUUUAUCUAAAAAUUAAGUUUUCUAGCGAUAAAAUCGUUAAUUCUCAAACAAUCCUGCUUUUUACUCACUGGUUGUAAAGACAUUAGCUCGUAUCAUCUCUUUUACAGUAUUUUCUAGCCAAACUUCCAAUAAAUUUUGCUUAAAAAUCCUUCAAAUUUACCUUAUUUUAGUCCUAAUGCACGCCCGAUUAUUCGGAAUCCCCUUGGAAUUUGUCAACCUGUUCAUUGCGCUCAUCGUAUACGCCGCUGUCUACCCAUCAGUAUUCUGGAAGCUAAACAAAUGGUUUUCCUUUUGGUUUUCCCUGCAGUUAAUCGUGCACAGUGCAGAUAUCAUCUACACUUACCUCGGAUUUUCGAUUUUGUAUCGAAUCCAGGAGACGAAUACCUACAGCAGACGACCUAUUGGUAUUGGUAAGUCAUCCUGAGUCACUUAAAAUUUAAUCUUUUUUCAAUUUUAGGUCAACAUUUGGCAGUGGCAUCACAAUUAGCCAUCUAUUUGCCUACUGUAAUUUUGGGGACUUUUGUGGGGACAAUAAUUUUGAUGAUGAUCGCGCCGGUCAUAGUGUAUGCCUACGGCUACAACAAGUAUUAUGUAAGUCAUUUGGGCUAUCUACAAGACUCAUAAAAAAAAGUUAUAUUCAAUUAUAUUACUUUACCCUACUUUUCAGCCAAUUUUUUUUUUUUUUUUAUUUUUCGAACAAAAAAUCGGCUAAAAAAUCAGAAAUUUUGACUUGGUAGUACAACAAACUGUAUUUUCAGACCACCGUAAAAGCGAAAUACGAAGCAGACGCUCCCAUUUCCAAGCAAAACGCUCCGAAUGUUGGCCUACUUGAUGACUUUGAUGGUGGUCGCCAAAAAGAUUCCUAUACUCUGCCAUCGCUAUGCUGCGAUGGAUAUGGCCCUCAUGUCACUGCGAUAUUCCUAUUGGUCUUUUUGGUGAUCAUCAAAGCCCCGACAAUCUAUGCGCUCCUUUUACUUUAUCAGCACGACGAAAAACCUUUUCUACUCUCAACUUUGAUCGUGGAGAUUACCUAUUUGUUCUCAUGGAUUCUUUUGUGGCUACUUUUUACUUGCAAGAGAGAAUGGAAGUUCAAUUUGCCGCCAAGAUCUAUGUAUUCGCCGAGACCGCCAGUACUGGUCAGCAAUUAUCGACCGCCGGAGCCGACCAAUUUGUUCUCGGGGACCUAUCAGAGGAAUCAGUAUGAGAAGAACAGUCCUACCUCUUAUGUAAGCUGUUUGAAACUUUUUAAAAAUACCUAUAAGACACUCAUAGAUUUUUGACAUUCUUUUUGCGAUAGAGCAGGCAAAAUGAGGAGAGAAAAAAACAAAAAACCUUUAUCGACUAUACCGAAAAAGUCCGAAAUUUAUCGAUCAUUUUCAACCGAAAACCACUGGUUUUCGGGGUAGAAAUGCCCCUAUUUCCGAAGGUCGUAGCUACCUCAGUUUGCGUUUUAAAAUCUUGUUAUUUCGUAGACAAAAAUUAAUAUUACUUAAAAAUACAUAUUCCAAAAAUGAAGUCUCUGCGCCGCCUCCGCGGGAAGUUAUAACCUCCGACUUUCCUUCACGUUUUUUGUAAGAUCCUGUAAUUCCCCGAAUUUUGCGGUCUUCCCGUAAAAAUCGCUAUUUUUGUUUCCAAAGUCUCACAAUUUUAUUUUGAAUUUUCGGAAUGAAAUAUCGUAUUUUACAUGCUACUCUGUAUAUCGCCCAUUUUCAGCACCCCGAAUCCUAUGCCUCAAUUCGUCGGCCAAUUAGACCAGCCGGUCUAAUGUACGCCCAGAAUUUGACCGAAUCCUCCAAUGAUUACGCGACAAAACCCAUUGAUUAUGGGAAAGUUGGGAGCAUGAAUACGAACACAACUAAUGCCAGCUACGGAUCUUACACCAUUGGACGGAACAGCACCAUAAAUUAUGAGUGAGUUUUUUGAGAUUUUCUUUUAAAUAAAUCGUAUUUUAGGAUUUUUUAACAAAAUAUUUUUUUUAGAUCUGGCUAUGGUACCUACGGAAUGUCUAAUGGAUCGCCCAAAUCCAACAAUAAUUACGCUCCGAACCAGCAAAAACUUCAAAUUUCGGGGAAUUCGGUUACAAAACCCAUCAUAAGUGGGGCAAACUACACGGCGAAGCCAAAUUGGGAGCAAAAUAAUGGGACUUACGGAAAGGUAGGGGUAUUAUUGAGAGUUUGACAGCAGUAAACGGAGUUCACGGCCAUCAAAACCUGUGGAUUUUCAAUAUUUUUAAUUUGUCAUCAAAUUUCCCAUGGAUAAUAUAAUUUUCCUUAAUUUCAGCUCGAAAAAGCACACGAUCCUGCGGCCCUGCCUCCUCCAGCAACCAUGACACCCUCUUCUACCCUAACAAGUCAAAACAGCAACACGUCCUCGUUCCAAAACAACGGGAACACCCAAUCUGGGCAGCUGACCACCUUGCUCAUGAAGCACGGCUCCACUUCCACGUUGACCCAGCUCGACCCCAACGCCCAAUUCGCAACCAGUGUGGUCUGA